AUGGAGGCAAAAUAUAUAGGACUUUGCGCUUUAUUUCGUGGAGUUGAAAUGGUAGCAGAUUAUUUGAAAAUCCCUAAAGACGAAGUUCAAGCGUAUAGAUCACUUGUGAGCCACAAGAAAAUCCCAUUUUUUGAAGAACUCAGGACCUGUGUAAUAGAUGCCACCUUAAAAGUCGGUUUAGAUCGUGCAUCUAAGAUGCUUUCUAUAUCUCUUGUAUCGUUAUAUUUAAUUACUGAAAACUCUCGCUAUGCAAAAUCUACACCAGAUCAUGCUCCCUCUUCUUCAAUCUCCACUUCUCAGAAUUCUGCUCCCAAAAAAAAAGUUUUACCUAACUCCCCCCCCCCUCCGUGAGCGAACAAAACCAUUAGAAAAAUCCCUAUUUUUUGGUCAAAAACCCACCCUCCGUGAGCGAACAAAAAAUUUUUUUACAUAUAAUUUUAUAUAUAGUUUAUUAUAUCUAUAUUUAAUACAAAUAAAGAGGAUAAUAUUGAAAAAUAAUUAUUAAGUUUGUUUGAUAUAUUAUUCAAAGGGUUUAAAAAAAAAGAAUACCAUAAGUGAAAAGGUUGAAUUUAACAAUUUUAAAUUUAAGACAAAAAAAUGAAUAGAAGAAAUCGAUUAGAUAAUUAACUUCUUCAUAUUAACUUGAUGGCUGAAAAUCUUUGGAUGAUUAAACGCCAUAAGAACCCGUCAACUCAAAUGAUUUUCUGACAAGUUGAGGGCUUACAGCAUCUCACGCCUUUGAAGCAAUGUUUAUCAGUUGCUGGCGAUCAAGAGCUUUGAGGUUUCCAGUUCUUUUCGAUCUUCUUUCAAUCUGCUCUGUUUGGAAUUUGAUUCUGAAAUCUGUUGUUUUUGAUUUGAAAUUUGCAAUUACCAGUGCGUCAAGUGGUUGCAAAUACUUUGUGCACCCUCCAGGGAUCACAAUUUUGGUUGCAUCUAAAUCUGAAAUUGCAUUAGAAAUCAUGAUAGUUUUAUGACUUCCAGCCUGAUCAUAAAUCAGCAGUUGGUUUUCUCGUCUCAAUAUUGUUCUGAGGUAGUCAUUAAGAAUCUGGUCAGAAAUGUAGCCAGAUUUAUUUGAUUUUAUGAUGACAUUUUCUGGAAUAUUCAGUCUUUCUCUUACAAGGUUCGGGAUCUGGCCAUUUUUCUCUUGAAAAAUGAGCAAAGCAGGCAUUUUUUCUCCAUCAGCUCUAAUCAUAAGCAUAACAGUGAUAAAAUGGUUCAUUUUAGCUGAUUGAACGCCUAGAAUUCGUUGAGUUCCCUUGAAAUCAUAAGUGAACUUGCUUUUUACAUCUCAAUCAAAUCUCGUUUCAUCGAAAUUGUAAAUGUUAGAUGGAACGAAUUGAGGAAGCAAUGACGCUAAAUCAUCUAGGUAUUGCCUGACAAGUUCUGCCUCUUUUUCGAUUGGCUUAAUGCUUGAGGCAUUGAUUUUUCUGAAAGAUAAAUUAUUUCUGGUCCUAAAUCCUUGCCACCAUUUAUCUCCACAGCCGAAUCGCGCCAAUCCCAUUUCUGCCGCCAAACUUUUUGCUUUCUCCUCAAUCGUUGAUCUGAGAACCUGAAUACCUUGCUCACGGAUUGCAGUAAACCCAAUGAACUAGUUCUUUCUCUAGCUCUGAAAUUGAGUGAAGCUUUCUAAUUUUAAUUUUUUAUCAGAUUUUACUGAUUUCUUCAACUCAUCAAGCUUAUUCACCCAUUCAGAAAUCGAGCUAAAGGAGUUGACAUGAAAACUUUGCAGCAAACAUCUCUCAUGCUCAUCUCAUUUUGGUGUUGAAUGUAAAAUUCAGCAAUUUCAACUUUCUGCCAAAUUUCAAUGUACUUUCUUUUCCCUUUGUACAUUUUUUAUUAUGAUUUAUAGAGAAUUUGCUUAUUAUAUUAAAUAAGAAAAUAUAUAUAAAAUAUUUUAACUGAAUGCAUAUAUUUAUUACUAAUAGGUUUAUUGAUUAUUAAAUUAUUGAAAAAUUAAGCUGUGUUUUACCUUUAAUCAAAUGGUAUUCUUUUUUUUUUUGGGAAAUUCCCUUACUCUCCCCCCAUAAUAUUUUUAAAAUAAUUUUCAACUUAUAAAAAAAUAUUAUUUUACAAUUAAAAAUUUAUAUAUAAUUUUUUUUAAAAAAAUAAAAAUUAACCCCCCCUCCGUGAGCGAACAAAAAUUUUUUGUUCGCUCACGGAGGGGGGGGGGGAGUAAGAAAAAUAAGCCUAUAGCCAUUGAUAUUAUCUCUCCUGAACCUAAAACGCAAAAAUCAUAUGAUAAUCCUAUCACUGACCUCUAUGACCUUGAAGAUUUGAAGCAAAGGGUCUCUAAACUCUACAAUCAUGGGGUAAGAGUAAAAGUUAUUAUGUCUCUUUAUGAUAUACAAAAUGUGGCAUAUAUCCAUUCUUGAGGAGGCUGAGACAGGUCUAAAGUUCUUCACGACAAAGCUUAUGAAAUGAAACGGCAAAUUGCUAAUAUGAGGGAAGACAGAAUGCCUGAUUUCGAAAUCUGCAGGGAAUUAGGUAUUAGGCAUUUUAAGUUGAAAGAAAUUAUGGGAGAAAUGCCAAGAAAAAAACUGAUUUUUAUGAAAAAAGAUAUAAAAAUGAUUCUCAAUGAAUAUAAAGAAAGGAAAAGAAAAGAUAAAAUUGCAAGAAUGAAUGGGAUCACUGAAUCACAAAUAGAUUAUUGACUGGAAAAGAAGGCAAAAAAGCAGCUUGAUACUGUAUAUGAUAUUAAUAUAAUUGGCCCUAUUGAAAUUUUAAAUGCUCUUGAGAGCUAUUAUAUACAUGAAAAGAUUGAAUUAGCUGCUCAAGACACAGAAGUAGAUGAAAAACUAUUGUGCGUGCUUGUCAAAAAGUUUGAAUCAAAAAUGAAUGAAUAUUAUGCAAUCAAAAAUAAGAAUAAUAAUUGGAAUCAAAAGAGUAAAAAAUUUUAUAUCAAAUAA